AUGGCAGACUAUCGAGCCCAGCUCAGACCUAUCAUACCCUCAUCCACCUCUCUUCCCGCCCCAUUAGGCGAGUCUGUUACGAACCUCUACUCAUACGAUCCGAAAGAUAUGAUCCUCGAUAUCAACUCGAUGGACCCUCCUCCUCUUUCGCCGAAGGUUGCUCAUACCGACAGAACCAACGCAGGAAAAAUCAAGUCCAUGGAAGAAUACGAGGAUUCCAAAGAAGACCAAGAUUCAUCUUCACCCUUAUCCGAAAUCAACGAAGAAGACCUCGCACAUCUCCCUCCUCCACAGAUCUUCCAUCCUAUCACAAGCAAUAUCGUCCCUCUUCCCUGUGUUGCCGAUAUCAAUGAACCUCAAAAGCCUUCAUCUCGACCUCAACGCCAAGAAGAUACGGAGAACCAACCUUACCAAUCUUCUUUCACCUCACAACAAAUCAAGAGUGGCGGUGUACAACCCAAUCCGAUCUUUCCCCACGUUCAGAAUUCCCUUGUGGCUGGUGGCUCUUCGUCGACCCUUACCCCAAACAAGGUCACUUUCGCGUCGAGCGUACAAGCUGGCUUGAACGGUAAGAAGAUCUUCGUCAGAGAGCGAUCUCGAACCUCUCUUGGGGUUGUGGUAAAAGGAGAGAAAUCCUGCUUGGAUUGGCCCUGGAAAGAUGACGAGGAGGAUGAGGUGGUUGACGACGGCCAAGGUAAAACAGGUGAAAACGAUACAUCGUUGUUUUCAACUUAUCUCACGUCAGCGCAAAAUUCACAGGAGGUAGGUGAAGCUGCUUCAUCGGAAAAUGUGAAAGGAGCCAUCGACGGUGCUCAACCCUCGCAACCACCAGCAGAAGGAGGUGAUCAAAAUGCUGCUACUAUGGCGGAAAUUGACAAGGAAGGAACCGAAGGGGUUUCUCGAAAUGUUCUUCAUAUCACGACUGGUACGACUGGUACUCUAACUCUUCCAGCACCACCCAUGAGAACAGCUGUCCUUCAUAGACUUGCGAUGCCAAGAUCAAAUAGUGUACCUACCACUGAUCUCACCAGACAUCACAUAACCAACGACAAUCCCUCGACUGCACCAGCACAUCACGUCAGCUUACCUCCGACUAAUAUGAUAAUCCACCCGAAACCCGUCGAACUGCCCAGCACUCAUGUUCAAGCAUCUUCAUCUUCCGAUCCGUCUACACGGUCAACUUCAGUAGCGUGGGCACAUCCCAUCGAGAUUUCUGCUACCACGGAGGCAUCAUCCUCCACUCAGCAGCAGCCACUCCCUCAAAAAGGUUAUCAAUUUCCCAUCCCUCCGCCAGCCGCUGCUCAGAAGAACGAGGGAGACCGAGAACCUCAAGUUAUCAUUCUCCGAAGACUCCUUCAAGCGAAGGAGAUCAUUGAGUCGCUUCAAGAUAGGGUGAGAGAGGUGGAGAUGGAAAGAGAUUGGUGUUGGGCGAGUUUGUUCUGGACUAACAAUGUCGCCGACAAGCUCGUUCCUCAACAUUUGUUUUGGCAUAUAUCGAACAUCUUCGCCAAGUUGUGUGGAAGAUAUAUCGAUGGUCCACCAAUCAUGACUACUGGCAACUUACAACCACUUUCACCCUCGAUCUAUACGUUACUCCACGAGCUCGCCAACGCCGUAGACAGUCCUCCACCAAGCUUUCACGCCUUGGCUACAUGCCCAAUUUUAGAAUCCAUCUUUUACAGAAGUCUCAGAGUCCUCAUGAGGGGUUAUGAUCCUCUCACACCCGUGAGAUUCGAUAAUCAAGAUUUGAAUGAGGAACAAGAGGUGACUAUACCAGUUGAUAAACCGAUAGAAUUCUUCCAGCCUCCUGACGCCCUGUGGACAUUCGUUCAUAUUGGUGAACCAAACGUUUAUAUUCCUCUGCUGAACGCUAUCAAGAUUUCCCUUUGGGCCUGUCCUGAUACAAGAAGGGGAAUUAGCUUGUUAUUGCUUUUAGGGAGAUUACAAGGUGGGAAGAUGUCUUUGGGUGUACGUAAUAGACCUUGGGCGAGGAAUUUAGGUUUGUACUUGGAACAAAAUGGAUGUAGUUUACCUUCCUCGCCUUCUUUGGACUCCGCCACUACCAUUGGAACUAGAUCCUUUAGACCGGUGUUUGGGAAAGUUGAUGAAGAGGAGAUUAAGGGAGCUAUGAAAUUCGUUAGGCAAACGAGGAUUCAAGAGUAUGAGAAAAGGAAGAAUGAACAGAGGAUGGUAUAUCAAGUAGGGGAAAUUGGGAAUAAGAGGAAGAGCGAGGUGGAUGCCAUUCAAACCAAGGGGAAAGGCAGGGGGAACGGGAAAGGGACGGGUAAAGCGAAACAAGAGGAAGAGGACGAAGAUGAGGAGUAUAGUGGGGUUGGAUAUGGUUCGAAAUCGAAAAGUAAGAAAAGGAGAUUGUGA